GGGAGGGCGUCAUCAGGUCCGAGUAGAGUAAUAGCGCCGUCCCAUUCGUUCGUUCGAGAGGAGCAGGAAACACAGCGGACGGGGCUCCUCUUCCUUCGUCUUCCUACUCCCAUCUUCUUUGACGGGUAGAACAAAUGGUCGCUACCACGUUCAGACUCCACGAGGACAGCCCAAAGCUGGAAUCUGGAACCGCUUUCUAUAUCUAGCGACAUGCAAAGAUUUCCCAAGCUUUCUGAGGAUUUUAUGGCUUAACUAAAGCAGCACGGAGGAUUUUGGAGGUGUGCAGCCGAGUGAACUGACCAAAGGUCCCAGCAUUUUGAACCGAAUGAUUUCAUUUUUCAGGGCACUUGACGCGUUGCUGAAAGCCGUCGGGGGUUGUUCGCGUGAAAGGUGUGAACUUGGAGACGUUCGGUGGAGAAAACCCUAAAACUCUGAGAUCCUUACCCCUGUUUCGACGAAUCGAAGAGGCCGUACCUGUGAGUUCAGUGACUUUUGGCGUUUUCUGCAGCUUUCACUCGCUCGUUUAAUUGCAGUGAUAAGCUCCAAACUCCAAAGAGAGGAGGGAAGACAAGAGGAGAUACAGUAUCCCAAGUCUCGUAUGCUAAAGGGCUGUAGCGAAAUCUCCUGCUGCUGUUUAGCUCCAUUUCUUUUAUUUUUUUAUUCGGCCACCAAAGAGAGUAUCUCUUCCGCUUCUCUGAGCUUCGUAUCAACGCGCAGAGCCCGUGAAGGUCCAGCGUGGGAGCAUCGAAUCUGCUCUGGGUUCCACUGCAAGGCCGUGUACCACCCCGCAGUCGCGCAUCACGGUCGUCGCAGCCAGAGGUUCGCUUGCGAGCGGUGGCGGCACCACGGGCAUCCCGCACCGCCUGUGAACGCUGUGCCCGCGGAAGGCAACGGCUGCAGCCCAUGUGAAGGCGGCGUUGCCCUCACGCAUAGUGGUUGUUAUUCUAUUAUUGAACUGUUUAGCAUAAAUUAAAGAAAUUUGAUAAAUAUUAUUUGUAAUUCAUCUCUUUAAGUUUUAUCUGACUUGUAGCUGCUAAAGUGGCCUUGGAUGAUAAACUUUUGUAAUAUGAAUUACAAUAAAUGUCUUAUCAUUUAUAGGACAUUUUGGAUUGUAUUUUAUAUUUUUGUAUUGGUCCUGCAGCCACCAAAGUGACCUGGACUAGUAAUUUAUAAAAUACAUUAUGAAAUUAGUUCUAAAUGAUAUUAAAUAAAAAUAAUAUUCAUAAUGACAGUAUGAAUUAGGAUAAAGAAAUUUAGUGAAUAUUAUUUGUAAUUUAUCUUCCUAAGUUUUAUCUGACCGGUAGCUACCAAAGUAGCCUGGGAUGAUAGACUUAUGGGAUAUGAAUUACAAUAAAGUUCAUGUCAUUCAUGGGAUAUUUUAGACUGUAUUUUACUUUUUUGUAUUGGUCCUGUUGCCACCAAAGUGACCUGGACCAAUAAUCUAUAAAAUACAUUAUGUAAUUCAUCAUAAAUGACAUUAAAUAAAAUAAUAUUCACGAUGACACAUAUAAUUAUGAGAUUUAGAUAAUCCCAAAGGAGAAUAUAUUUCAAAUAAUUAUGUGAUUGGGUAGGAUGAUACUGUUUUGGAUAUUCUUGCAGUUUAGGGUUGUAUAUCCAAAGGUAACAACACUAUUCCACAAGAAUGAUAUUAGUCCUCCAUAAGUGAUUUUGAGUGAACACUAGAUAUAUGUCAAUAAUUCACCCAAAGGUGAAAUAUAGAUGAUAUCAAUAGUUCAUCAUAUUUUAGAAACUCAAAGCAUUAAUGUUAUAUUAUUAUUGUGGCACUUCCUUUAUUGUGUUUCUGUAAAUGUCUCUAUUUUUCUGAAAUAAAUGGCUUGAGCAUAUACAAGUUGUAUCGAGUAAGUGAGACCUUGAUCAUAUUAAUUGAACAGAACACAAACUUAAUUACUGAAAGUUCUGUGAAAUAAAUAAUUGAGGUGACUGAUCAAGAAAGGUAUGAAAGACUCAAUUUUAAAUUUUAUGAUACUUAGACUUCAGUACAGUUUACAACUAGCGCAUGAGAAUAUCUAAGGAUCAAUUUAAAUUAUCUGAUAAGUCAUUAGUUGAUACUUUACUAUGAUAGUAUUUGAGGAAUUUAAAAUUAUAUUAUCAAAAUAAAUGAUAAAGCUGUAAGCUCAAGACUCAUAAUAUUUUGAGUACUACUCAAGGAGUAGGUUACACUAAAAUAAGGAUGAAGCGUAAUUCCACUUGAGUUUAUAAUUAUUAUAUAAACUCAUAAAAGAAUAUCUUCACAAUAAAGUGUUACUUUUGUAGCAAAUAAAGUUAUGUGAAGAAGAAAUAUAUUAUAAGAUUUGAUUUGAAAUGAAAAAGGUAUAAUUAUAACCUUUGUAUGGUUCAAAUCAAAUAUUACGGAUAUUAUUGAUGGAUUAAUUUAAUGCUUCAUCAUAUGUUACUAAUAAUAGAUAUUUUUAUUAAAAUAAGAAAAAAAAUAAGAGGGAUAAAACCAAAAGAGAAUGAGAUAUUUAUCAAUAUAGGGAAUCAUCUUAAAGUAAAAGCGAUAUUAGUUUGUAUUUAUUACUUAUAUCUAUAGAUGAUUCAAUUUGAUAAAUCUUGAGGAUCCAUGCUUCUUAUAAUUCUGAGAAUUUGAGUUCUUUACCUAGAAUUAUUAAAAUAUUAUUUUCCUUUUGGUGGUUAUAAACUUAUUGUGCUUCAAUAAAAUUAAUAUUUGAAUUCUGUAUAAUAGUCUAUGCAGAAUUAAUAUGAAUCAUAAGUUUACAAUGAUCCUGUAAUUAAAUAUUGAUGUGAAAUAUAGUUUUAUAAACUCCUUGAGGUUAUGUUUAUCACUCUAUGCUUUUGUCUCAUUAAAGAGAGACAUUUUAUCAUCAUAUAAAUAAUAUAUUGAGAUAUGAUUAUAUAUAUCUAAUUCAUGUAAAGUCUAUGAUCGUUUACACUCUUGAAGUGUAUAUAAAUGAAGUUGAUAGACAAUUAGAUAGAAAAGUCAAAAUCAUCAUAUCUGACAAAGUUGAUAAAUUUUAUGGUAUUUAUGAUGAACCUAAUUCUUUUGCUAGAUUCUUAGAAAAAUAAGGUAUAUGAUUUACCAAAUGUGUUACAGCAGAAUAUGAUUGCUAAAAGAUGUCAUCGUACCUUAUAGAUAUGGUUAAGAACAAUGAUAAGUUAUUCUUUUGUAUCUAAAUCAAUGUGAGAAGAAGCUCCGGACAACUAUGUAUAUCUUGAAUGGUGUUCCUAGUAAGUAAAUUACAUGACUUCUUUUAAGUUAUGAAAUAAUAGGAAACUGAACUUAAGAUAUUUAUAUAUUUGAGAUUGUCCUAUGGAGAUAAGGAUCUUCAACUUACAUAAAAGAAAAUUAAAUUUAAUAAUUAUUUCUGAAUAUUUUAUUAUCUAUUCAGAAAAGUUUAAAAGGGGUACAUAUUUUAUUGCUCUAAUCAUAGUACGAGGACAAUUAAAUUUGGUAACAUAAGAUUCCUAUAAAAUAGCAAAUCAGUGGGAGUGAAAAUCUCGGAAUUUAAUUUUGAUAUAAAGGAGAUACAAGUUAAUACUCCUUUAUUAUUCGAGAGAUUAUUGUUACUUAAAUCAUUAAAUGAUUUGAUGAAAAUGAACAACAAAAUAACAUUAUUAAACUCCUACAUUAUAUUGAUAUCGUUGUUAAUGGUCUUGUAGAACAACCAUAAUUGAUAACUUUGAGAAUAUCUCAAAGGGGAAGGAAUCAUGUCAUUUAUGGUUAUUAUGUUGUAUAUCUACAAGAAUUAUAUUAUGAUAUAGGAAUCAGAAUGGAUCUCUUAUUUUUGUCACGGGUCAUGAAAAGUAAUGAUUCUGAAAAGUAAUAUGAUGCAAUAAAAGAAGAGUUAAAAUUAAUAACCAGAAUAGUGUCUGAUAAAUUUAUCGAAUUGUCCAAUAAUUGUAAAAGAGUCUAUUAUAUAAAUGUGACUCAAAGGACAAUGUCAAACGAUAUAAUGGUCAGACUUGUGGUUAAAAGUUUUACUCAUAAAGAAUGUAUCGAUCAUAAUGAGAGUUUUAAUGAACUCGUUAAGAAUCAUCAUGACAUUAAUGAUUCAUUAUGAGUUUAAGUUAUAUUAGAAUGAUAUGAAAAUAUUUUUUUAAAAGAUCUAGCUUUAUAUGGGUUAUUCUAAAUGAUUUACAAAGAAAAUGAAAGAAAUAUAAAGUUUGAUAUGCAAAUUUAGGAAUCCAUUUAUGACCUUAAACAAGCUAACGUAAUGAUAUAUAAAGGUUCUUAAUAUCAUUAUUUCAGAUUUAAGGUAAAUACUAUUAAUCAGUAUUUAUAUCAGUGAGCAAGUUUAUUAUAUUGGUCUUAUAUAUGAAUAAUAUUUUGCCUUACUAAUAGUGAUCUUGAUUUAUUAUACUAAAUCAAGAAUUUGUCACUAAAAGUUUUAAUAUGGUUGAUAUGAAUGAGACAUCUUAUAUUAUUAACAUUGAGUAAUUCAAGGAUAUACCUCAAUGAUUAUGAAGAUUGUCUUAGAAAGUAUAUAUCAACCGAGUCUUGAAAUGAUUUUAAUAUACAGCUUUGUUCAGUCAAUCAUAAAAGCAAAAUUUUAGUCAAUAGUAAAUGCUUGAAAAUGACUUGAAAAGGAUAAGACAAAGAAGAUAUUCUUUGUAUAUGCGUAGUUGGAAGUUUAUGCUCAAGCCUGUGUUAGAAAAGAUAUCAGUUUUUACAAUUAAAAUGUUGGGUAUAUAUUGAAAUCACCUAGAAGUAAAAACAUUAAAGGACUACAGAGAAAGUAAUAAGAUAUCCGGAAGGGACAAAAGAUUAUAUGCUCACAUGUAUGAAAUUAUAUCAGCUUGAAAUAAUGGUAUUUUUCAGAUGCUGAUUAUAUAAAUUGCCUCGAUAAUAGGAAGUCCACCUUACGGUUAAUAUCUAUGUAAUUAGAGAGGCAAUUUAUUAUUAUUAAUAAUAGAAGUUGAUUUUGUGGCAUGCUUUGAGGCCACUAAUCAAAGUUUUUAUUGCAAAAUUUUUAUCUCACGACUUGGUGUAGUUAGACUCAAUUACCAAGUCGUUGAAGAUAUUUUAUGACAUUGCAGUAGUUUUCUUCUCUAAGAAUGACAAGUACUAUUGCAUCUAUAUGCAUUAUGGUAUAAAGUACUUGAUGGUUAGAGAAGAUGAGUCUAGAAACAUCUAAUGUCAAUUAAUUACAUGAGUUCCACUGUAUUGAUUGUUGAUCCAUUCACUUAGGACUUACAGUCUAAAGUAUUUUGAAAGAACAUGUUCUUAUGAUUGGGUUUGUGAGCAACCCAUAAAGGAUAUGGUGAUGUAUGUUUGAGUGGAUAUUAUAAUUGACAUUCUUACUUACGUACUUAAAGUUAUUUGUUUCUGCUAUCAUGUUCACAAUUAUGUAUGUACAUAUUAUGGUUGAAUGUGAUGACAGGAUUGUCUUGACAAGACAAAUUAUAGGGGUUAUUUUUGGACUGCAUUAGGAAAGGCUAACAGUAUUGUGGUAUAUAGAAGGAAGUGUGACACUGAUGGCAUACAACCGCUAUGACUCAUAUUGUUAGUCAGACUUAAUAUAGUAUUAUUAUUAUUAUUGGAUUUAUUGGCCUAUUUUCUAAAAUUCACGCGCGUGUAUAUAGUUUUUCCAAAAAUUUCAGAAUCCAAUUGAGUCAAAUUAUUUUUUUUAAAAUAAAUUUUGUUUAUUUAUUUUUGAUUUUUAAGUCUUUUUGUAUCUUAUCAAUUAUUGGGCCAAGUGGGAGAAUGUUAGAUUAUGUGGUCCUAUUUAAUUAGGUAAGAUAUAUUAUAGAUAUUAUUAGAUUCUGAUUAUGGUUAUUGGCCAAUAGAAAAGAAGUCCAUAUUAAAGUAGGAUUCCUUAGGAGAUAACCUUGAUGGGAGGAACUCUCCUAAUAACUUAUCCUAGACCCUCUGCUCUCGCCUAUAAAUAGACAGGACCUCUAGAGGCUAAGGGGGCAUCUGAUAGACAGGACCUCUAGGGGUUAAGUGUGCAUCUGAGUAGUGCAUCAUUGAGUGCAUCAUUGAGUGCAUCAGAGUGCGUCUGAGUAGCAUCUUAGCAAUUGAGAGAUUGGUUUUUCUCUCAAUCUCCCUCUUCCAUAAUCCCCUAAUCCAUCAAUCUAGAUGGUUCUGUGAUCCCCUAAUCCAUCAAUCUAGAUGGUCCUGUGAAAAGAUAGGAAGAGAGGAGAAAGAUCUAGGAUCUAGUUCUCCUUGCAAAUCCUUGCAGAUUGAUAUUUCAGAUCUGAAGAUGAAGUACUUGUAGAUCAGAUAAAGUUUAUUUUUCUGAACAACAAGAAAAAGGUACGCAUCGUAAUAUUGUUAGAUCCAAUUUAUUUGAUUUCAAUCUUGGCAUAAAUUUUUUUCGCAUUACAGAUAGCAUGAUUACAGAUUUUAUGAUAACACUUUGAUGUUUUAGUUGCUAAAUUGUGUGUCUCCAUUGGUAUUGGAAUCAUUUUUUUCGCUUUAUACAAUCUGCCUGAGAUGGAAUAAAGUUUUAGUCUGCAGUAUGGUUAUAUAUCUAAAGUUUUCUUUUACAGAAGUCAUCAUCCUUUGCUGCAAAGAUGCAGGGAGCUGUUCUGGUUGCCAUAGCUGCCUCAAUUGGUAAUUUGCUGCAGGGAUGGGACAACACUACCAUUGCAGGCAUGUCGAGCUGUUCUAUACAUUAAAAAGGAAUUUAAAUUGGAGAGUGAGCCCACUAUAGAGGGUCUAAUAGUAGCCAUGUCACUUAUUGGUGCUACUAUUAUCACAACAUUCUCUGGAGCAGUAUCAGAUUUGGUUGGUAGGCGACCUCUUCUGAUUAUUUCAUCAGUCCUGUACUUUGUCAGUGGUUUGAUAAUGUUAUGGUCUCCGAAUGUUUAUGUCUUGCUCUUGGCAAGGCUUAUUGAUGGAUUUGGCAUUGGUCUUGCUGUCACACUUGUGCCUGUAUAUAUUUCUGAGACAGCUCCAUCAGAGAUAAGGGGAUUGUUAAAUACGCUUCCACAGUUCAGUGGCUGUGGAGGCAUGUUUCUGUCAUACUGUAUGGUUUUUGGAAUGUCACUAAUGGCAAAUCCAGCUUGGAGAGUGAUGCUUGGUGUACUCUCUAUUCCUUCCCUUUUAUAUUUCUUAUUGACAAUUUUCUGUUUGCCGGAAUCUCCAAGGUGGCUUGUAAGCAAAGGGAAAAUGCUCGAGGCAAAAUUGGUUUUACAAAGAUUGCAUGGAAGGGAGGAUGUUUCAGGAGAAAUGGCCCUUCUUGUUGAGGGCUUGGGAGUAGGUGGUGAGACAUCCAUUGAGGAGUACAUAAUUGACCCUGCUAAUGAGCUCCCUGAUGACCAGGGAGCAACUGCUGAUACUGAACAGAUCACAUUGUAUGGGCCAGAAGAGGGUCUUUCCUGGGUUGCACGACCUGUAAAAGGACAAAGCAUCCUCGGAAGUGCCUUCACCCUUUUAUCUCGCCAUGGUAGCAUGGAGAUGCAGAGUAGUGUACCACUAAUGGAUCCAUUGGUGACCUUAUUUGGAAGUGUCCAUGAGAAACUACCUGAAAUGGGCAGCAUGCGAAGCACAAUGUUCCCUAAUUUUGGAAGCAUGUUUAGUGUAGCAGAACAGCAACUAAAAAAUGAUCAGUGGGAUGAGGAGAGUCUUCAACAGGGUAGUGAAGACUAUGCGGCUGAUGCUGGAGGAGGUGAGUCUGAUGACAAUGUUCGAAGUCCAUUACUCUCUCGUCAGACAACAAGCUUGGAAGGGAAGGAUAUAGCCCCACCACAUGAGAGUUCUUUAAGUUUGAGACAAACUAGUAGUCCUAUCCAUGAUAACACCAGAGAGGCAGUUGGUAGCAUGGGUAUUGGUGGGGGAUGGCAAUUGGCUUGGAAAUGGUCUGAGAGAGAAAGUGAAGAUGGGAAGAAGGAAGAAGGUUUCAAAAGAAUUUAUCUACACCAAGAAGCUGUCCCUGAGUCACACAGAGGUUCUCGGGUUUUGCUACAAGGAGGUGAAGCCCCAGAAGGCAGUGCAUAUGUCCAGGCCGCAGCAUUGGUGAGCCAGCCUGCUCUUUUUUCUAAGGAGCUUAUGGACCAGCAUCCAGUUGGACCAGCAAUGGUUCAUCCAUCAGAAACAGCCGGUAAAGGCCCAAGGUGGUCCGAUCUAUUUGAACCAGGAGUAAGACGUGCUUUGUUUGUUGGAAUUGGAAUCCAGAUCCUUCAGCAGUUUUCUGGGAUAAAUGGGGUUCUCUACUACACUCCUCAGAUACUUGAGCAAGCUGGUGUUGAAGUACUACUUUCUAAUAUUGGCAUUAGUUCAGAUUCAGCAUCUAUCCUUAUUAGUGCUGUCACGACAUUGUUAAUGCUUCCUAGUAUUGGUGUUGUUAUGAGGCUCAUGGAUAUCUCAGGGAGAAGGUUUCUUCUGCUGUCUACCAUCCCCAUCUUAAUAGCAUCACUGGUUGUCUUGGUUGUGGCCAACCUUGUGGCGCUGGGCAAUGUGGUUCAUGCAGUGCUCUCCACAGUCAGUGUCAUUGUAUACUUCUGCUGCUUUGUCAUGGGUUUUGGACCAAUCCCAAAUAUCCUCUGCUCGGAAAUCUUCCCAACUCGGGUCCGUGGUGUCUGCAUAGCUAUCUGUGCACUUAUAUUCUGGAUCGGAGAUAUCAUAGUCACCUACACCCUACCUGUGAUGUUGAACACAAUUGGCCUUGCUGGCGUGUUUGCAAUUUACUUAGUAGUCUGUAUCAUAGCUUUUGUGUUCGUGUUUCUAAAGGUUCCCGAAACAAAAGGCAUGCCUCUGGAGGUUAUUGCAGAGUUCUUUGCUGUUGGCACAAAACAAGCUGCUCCACAAAAUUGAUGACAUUUAACUUGGCAUUUCAAACACGGACAUCCCAGCCAUCAUCUUGCAUCUCUGCAAGUUAAUUGCAGUUCAUUUGAGCAUUAAGUGAGUGAUUAAGACUGAGAUGAAAUAGAAAGAGACAGUAAAACCGGAAGCAUGGAAUUUUAGGUGUCACCGAGAAGUUGCUGGAUUUGGUGCAUCGUGUUUCAUCUGGCGAUGAGGAGAUUCCAGAUUUAGGAAUUGAAUUCCUGUUAUUUCUUUGGCAUUAUUAUCUUUCACUUGGGUAUAUUUUCUUGGCUUUCUAUGUCAACUGUGAUUGGAUGGAAUUGUUACCGCUCAAACUUGUAUGAAAUCCUAAACCUCAGGGAGUAGAUUCAUGUAUGGAAUCUUUCAAUCACAUGUUUGACUGUUA